UAUGAGCCGCCCAGACCAAGCGAUCAGAUGCAGACUGCCACAGCUGUUGCGCUCGUGUCGUGUGGCCAACUUCUAGCUGGCGCAUCCAGGGUUUGCAAGGUCGGCCCUGGGUCUCUUCCAGGCAGUGUCAGGGCUACCGUAGUAGUGAGUACAUUUCUACUGAUCUUCCUGCCAGCAAUUAUUACAGACAUUCCGGCGAUUGUCGUCAACUAGCCAGCUUAUCUCUACUUCAGGAGCACAACAGUGCAACUUCAUUCAAGAUGAAGGCUUAUAUCUGCUUGGUCGUUCUGGUGUGCCUAGGCUCUGUCUUCGCGGCUGAAACUAACAAAGCCGACGAGGUUGCUGUGAAACAAUAUCAAGGAGCACCCUGUGGUUAUGAUUUUCCACCGUGCGAUCCCGGCUUGACCUGCAUGCCAUGGGGAGUGUGCGACUUUGCUCUCAAGAGAAUGGCAAAUGUUGAAGCCGACGAGGUUGCUGUGAAACAAUAUCAAGGAGCACCCUGUGGUUAUGAUUUUCCACCGUGUGAUCCCGGCUUGGCCUGCAUGCCAUGGGGAGUGUGCGACUUUGCUCUCAAGAGAAUGGCAAAUGUUGAAGCCGACGAGGUUGCUGUGAAACAAUAUCAAGGAGCACCCUGUGGUUAUGAUUUUCCACCGUGUGAUCCCGGCUUGGCCUGCAUGCCAUGGGGAGUGUGCGACUUUGCUCUCAAGAGAAUGGCAAAUGUUGAAGCCGACGAGGUUGCUGUGAAGCAAUAUCCAAGAGAUCGCUGUGGUUUUGACUCACCGUGCCAUCCCGGCUUGGCCUGCAUGCCAUGGGGAGAUUGCGAAUAAGCUCGCAAGAGAAUGGCAAAAUAUUGAAGAUUCCAAAUGCCAACAGCCUUGGGAUGAUGAAGUCGCAAUUGAUUAUUUAUUACGGUGUAGGGAUUAAGUUGUAUUGUCUUUGCCUUGUUCGAGUUAAAUGAGACUUUUUGCAUCUACAUGUAAUUGAAAUUCCCACAAGGAAUAAAAGUUGACAAAGCUAACUCCCGUGAGUAAAUUUAUGACAUAUUUUUCGAUUACUAUUUAAUCUGAUCCUAAUCAGAAUCUUUAUCUGGAAAUGAACAACAACACCCGAUGGGUGUCACGAUUGUGAAGCUACCACUGCGAGUUUCUCUGACACAACUUCCUCCUUUGCAUCGCAUUUAUUUAGCAUGUUGUCUUGUUAUUACAUAGGCCUUUCUUUACAGCUUGCUGAAAUCAGUUUUCGCUUACAAGACAUUAUACAGUGAAUUAUGAAGACUUAAAACUGACCUGUAGGCAGAUGAAACAAAUCACACGCUAUAUCUGAACUAAACAAAAGCAUGAAAAGUCAUUCUGGGUGGUGGGUCUUAAUUAUUGUAAUCACACUUUUAAGAUUUCUGUUGAAUAAAUGCUGUUGGCAUGGUAUGAGCUCCUGCGACCAAAGUUA